GUGUCCUGCAUAGUUGACGUUGAACCAUCUUGCUACGGCAAUGAGGACGCCGUACGCUACUGGCCCGUUUCUCAGACCGACCACCGUGAUUCCCUCAUCUUCGAAGACCUUGUGGACUUCCACACCAGCACCUAUCCCUUUGAUCUGGCCGAUGCUGAAGUCGUGGAGGCACUGGGUGCCUCCACAGCUGAUGACGAGUCGCCAGAGCCUCCUUUCAACGGCCCCUCAGGUCCCUGGUUUCAAUUUGGUGACUUUCAACUUUGCCAGGUGGGUGACCUUCGCCCAGUCCUGUCCUCACCGACGGACAGUGAAAGCAAGGCAAAGAGACGUAGCUGCAUUUUCCGGCGACAACUCAUCAUUCGCAAGGUGGACAAGUCCUCGUUGGCUAAACCACCGGAUUCACGCACUGUGCAGGUGUUUCAUUUCAAGGGCCGAUGGGGAGAAGAGGGCCAGGUGAGUCGUUUUCUGCUUGUGUAUCACUGA